GUGGGCUGGCGCCCUGCCCGAGGUUUAUUUCCUGCCUUGCACCCUGUGUUGGCUGGGAUUGGCUCCAGCAGACCCCCGUGACCCUGUAGUUAGGAUAUAGCGGGUUGGUUAAUUGAUGGAUGGAUGUCAAUAUUUCAAACAGCAGGGAUCGCGAAAAAGCUCCGAAGAUGGGGGUUACAAAGCAAAAACACUUGGGAACAUCUUUGUGGAGAAACUCCCCCAUGAAGUUUUCGCACAGUCGACCAUGCAUGUCGGAACACAGGAUGGGGCUGCUGCUCUCGAAGAUCAAGGGCUAAAGCCCAGGAAGCACCCUUAAAGACACCAGCAAGUUCUACUUUCUUUACAGCGAACACGCCCGCAGCACGGACCUUCCCAACAUGUCUGUCACCGCCCAUCGACGUAAAAAAUGUCCCAGCAACCCUCGCGCUCGAGUAUUCUAGAAAUGGCACGUUUAUAUUACUUGUAUGUGCUUUAUGUGGAUAGGAUCUGUUGUGUGGAUCGUGUUUGCGAAGCACAGAAGAGAGCUUUGUAAGUACAGUAUAACAAAUUGUAUGGCAGGUCUGGUUUAUACAUUCAAUGGUUGUCCAGUCAGUUGCUGUUUCAUUACCACUUUAAAUGGCCAGCUUCUGAAUAAAAUAUUCACAUGUGAUGAACUGCCUUCCAAGGAGAAUCAAGUAGCAAAUCAUUCUACAGAGUUAAGAGAAGUCCUGUGUGUGGAAGACUAUACCAAGGAAAGGUUGCUAUUCCCUGUACAGCGUAAUCAGAUGUGGUAUUUUAAUGAAGCUUCAACAUGUAAUUCAUUAAAAUUCCAAAGAACCUCAGAGUCUACCAUUGUAGAAGGGCAUCAUAACAAAAUGUGUGACCAGAAACCCCUCUUCUGUGGUCAAUAUGUGAACAGAGAGAGAAGACUCCGAAGAAAGCAUAAGACAGAUUGUAAUGCUGAUGAUGUGGAUAACUGUUUGGUGAAGAAGAAACGAGUAAUGGAGGACUUGGUUACAACUUUCCCUCAACCAUCAUGGCAACAUAAUGAUGGAUCAUGGAUCCCUGACCGAUCCUUCAAUCUGCAAUGCUGGAUGCAGCAGAAUAAUUUCUCACAGCAACUCCCAGAUUCAGAGCAGCAAGGCUCCCAAAUGGAUGUGGAAUUAAGAGACAGUGACUCAUGGGAAGCUGCACAUCAGAAGUUUUGUGAUAUUGAAGACCGGAUUGUUACUGAUGAUGAAGAUUCUGAAGAACUUGAAAGCACAAACUCCAAAAUGCCUACACUUGUUAUAUCAGACAGUCUUCGAGAGGAGUUGAAGAAAUCCAUAGAUAAUGUGAUUCCACAGAAGAUUGUAGAAUCUUUACAUCAUUCCUGUAUGGAGCUUGCACUAUGGAAACCACCAGAGGUAAUUCUGCCCAAGAAGCUCAGAGAUUCUAUGGCGAAGCAGAGACGAAAAGCCAACUUCAAUUUUGGGCAGUUUGGGAACACCUCUGCAUUACUCAAGCAAAGAGUCAGUGGUCCAGGAGGUCAAUUCUCUACAGUUUAUGGUCACUUGAGCAUGAAGAACCAUGCAGAAGAUGAAAUGGAACAGUAGGCAAAAUAUUAAUACUCCAGUCUACUUUUCAAAUGUUAAAAUGUUCUUCUGUGGUGGGUUAGCACCCUGCCCGGGAUUGGUUCCUGUGUUGGCUGGGAUUGGCUCCAGCCAUGUAAUAUACAUGGCUGAUUAUCAGUUUCAGUUCUGUUGGUACUUGGGAACAUUGUUUGAUAUUCAUAUUGAGUGUCUGGAAUGUUGUCAUUCAUAUUACUUGGCCAAUAUAACUUUUUAUGACAAACUUGAUGCCAGAAUUGUUUGUAUAAUUUUAUUACAUUUUUUUGGUUUUUCAUUGAAUUUAUAUUGUCUUAAUUUAUAUAAUGUAGAAUGUGUCUGAUUAUUUUCUUUUGUUUGAAAAGAAUAA